AUGCAAUGGGCAUCUAAGGUAUCCGCUAUAGCAGAACAGGCACGAGGCCUGACGCUUGAAGCCGCUCAAUCGGUUGGCUCACGGUACACCACUACCGGCUCUGCAGACGACAGUCGCUCCUUUGACUUUGCCAAAGCGCUGGAUGCGCGCAGUGAUCGCGAAAAGAUUGAUGGGAUGCAACGACUCUUGGUACUGUCAGCCCGCGGCGAGGACAUGUCGGUGUGGUUUGCAAGUGUCGUUAAGAAUGUCGCAAGCUCAAGCUUGGAGCUUCGGAAGCUGGUCUACCUGUACAUCACUCGCUAUGCAGAGUCACAGCCUGAUCUAGCUCUACUGUCCAUCAACACGAUACAAAAGGCGCUCUCUGAUCAGAAUCAGCUUGUUCGUGCCUUGGCCCUGCGCGUAAUGACCAGUAUACGUGUUCCCUCCAUAAGCGGGAUCGCCCUGCUGGCCAUUAAGCGUUGUCAAGCGGACUCUUCCUUCUAUGUGCGAAAGACUGCUGCCAUGGCUCUGGUCAAAACUUAUGCAUUGGAUCCUACCCUCCAGAAACAAUUGCUUGAUAUCCUCAAGAUUCUCCUCGCCGACGAUGAUGCGGCCGUCUUUUGCUCAGCUGUGGAAGCGUAUGAAGCGCUUGCAAGUGACAGGGUAGAGUUGCUCCAUCCACAUUACCGGCGAGCUUGUGGCAUGCUUUCACAGAUGGACGAGUUUGGACAGGUCAAUGUGCUGAGAGUGCUUGUCCGCUACGCCAGAACCUGCUUUACAUCGCCAUCAGUCGAGGAGCCUCACAAGGAUGAAGCAGACUUUUACAGCGAAGAAACGACACGCUCAGCCAGAGUAGAAGCAGAUUUGGCACUCUUGCUAAGGUCAGUCGAAAAUUUACUAUACAGCAGCAGCUCUGCUGUCAUCCUAGCUGCAUCUCAAGCGAUUCAACAUCUCGGUGUGCCCGCAGAUCUCAACAAGCUAGCAAGCCCGCUAGUUGCGCAACUCAGACAACCAGCUGAGAUUCGGCAAAUUGUGCUGGCCAAUAUCGCGGUAUUGUGCCUCGAUCACGCCACCAUCUUCAGUCCUUUUGCGAAACACUUCCUUGUGUAUCCUGGAGAUGCGCAGGAUGUAUGGACUCUGAAGCUCGAGAUUUUGACCCUCCUGAUUACAGAGAGUAAUGCAGCAUUGGUGCUUGGCGAGCUCGAGCAGUACUCCAAAGACGAGACUAAUGUACUACUCAGCUGUGCGGCGAUACGGGCCAUUGGUCAGUGUGCGCAGCGUCAACCGAUGUUUGUGGCAUCAUGCGUCGACUUGCUCUUCUCUCAUCUUCAAUCUGCCAACAGUGCGCGCAUCGCUGAAGCAGUCUUGUCAUUGCGCUUGCUCAUUCAAUUGAAUCCUACUGAGCAUCUAGAGAGUACCAAGAAGCUGUUGCGCUCGCUUGAUGACAUUGUUGCGCCUGCGGCACGGGCGUGCAUAUUUUGGCUAGCAGCUGAACAGGCGACACUCCUUCCGCGAGUAGUUCCUGAUGUCUUGCGAAUUGGUGUCAAGCACUUUGCAAAAGAACACGAGUCUGUCCGGCUACAGAUCGUGAUCCUGGCUGUGAAAUUGUACACACUUCAUUCCCCCAUCAUGCCUAUGGCUGACUCCCGCGUUCCUCAACUGUACGCACACCUCAUGCACCUAUGUCGAUACGACACAUCCUACGAUUUGCGUGACCGCCUGAGGACAUACAAAGUGCUCGCUAGCUCG